AUGCUUUUGCUCGACUUGAAUGAACCACCAUUGCUGAACGAGAGGCUCGGUGAGGAGAUCUCUUCGGGAGGCAUGAACUCAGACAGCCAGUGGGGUCAUGAGUGGGAUGACGGUGGUGAUGAUUGGAGCAAGAGAGAGGUGGUGACAGGUCUGCCGCAUCAGCAGCAAAAGCAGAGAACGGGGAAGAAGAAGAGAGAGAGUGAGGAUAGCAAGGUUGACAAGGAACCUUUGGUUAUCAAAGGCCAGUGGACUCUUGAAGAAGACAGGCUCUUGACAAUGUUGGUUGAGAUGCAUGAACAGAAAAAGUGGUCUCAGAUUGCUCAGAUUCUGAAGGGGAGAGUCAGAAAACAGUACAGGGAGAGAUGGCAUAACCAUUUGAGGCCUGAUAUCAAGCAGAAGGACCCGUGGAGCAUCAAGGAAGAUAAGAUCCUGAUUCAAGCACACAUGCGGAUGGGGAACAAAUGGGCCAAGAUAGCCAAGAUACUGCCUGGAAGGACAGAUAAUAACAUAAAAAAUCGCUGGAAUGCCACCAAGUGCAAGCAACUCUCUCAACGCAAGUUCCUCCCAAACAAUGACGAUUCCAACCUCUUGCAAGACUACAUCAAGAGUGUCACCACUCCAUCUCCUCCAGAAUGA